GGAGGCGCCUUGCUGCGCGGUGCCCGGGGAGAGGAAGUGCCCGCCGGUGUCCGCCGGCCCCUCGCUCGGUUCCGCCGCCCGGAAUGCGCUGAGCCGCCCCGGCCCUCCGCGGCGCGCCCGCCGCCCCUCCGAGGCGUGAAUGACAGAGGAGGUGCCCCCGACUGCACUUACAGACGUAAACCUGCGUCUUCUCUGCCACGAUGACAUAGACACAGUGAAGCAGCUCUGUGGCGACUGGUUCCCAAUAGAAUACCCUGACUCAUGGUACCGAGAUAUCACUUCCAACAAGAAGUUCUUUUCCCUCGCAGCCACUUACAGAGGCUCCAUCGUGGGAAUGAUAGUGGCGGAGAUCAAGAGCAGAACAAAGGUGCAUAAAGAGGAUGGAGACAUCCUAGCUUCCAAUUUUCCCCUGGACACUCAAGUUGCUUACAUCCUAAGUCUUGGAGUGGUGAAGGAGUUCAGAAAACAUGGAAUAGGUUCGCUCUUGCUUGAAAGUUUAAAAGACCAUAUAUCAACGACUGCCCAGGAUCACUGCAAAGCCAUCUACCUGCACGUCCUCACCACUAACAACACAGCAAUAAACUUCUAUGAAAACAGAGACUUUAAACAGCACCACUAUCUUCCCUAUUAUUAUUCCAUCAGAGGGGUCCUCAAAGAUGGCUUUACCUACGUCCUGUACAUCAAUGGCGGACAUCCACCCUGGACAAUCUUUGACUACCUACAGCACAUUGGAUCAACGCUAGCCAGCCUGAGCCCGUGUUCAAUUCCCCAGAGGAUAUAUCGCCAAGCCCAGAGCCUUCUCUGCAGCCUUCUGCCCUGGUCUGGCAUUUCUGCCAAGAGCGGCAUUGAAUACAGCCGGACAAUGUGACUGGAUCAGAAGAUACACAAAAAGCAAAGCUCUGUUAGACCAGCUCGCAAGACCCAGAGUGACUGAGUCCUGCCUCCUUCCUCAGCUCAGUGUCCCGGCACAGCAACCGGGAGCCCAUUCGCUGCCGGUUGCAUGGCAUCUCUGACAACAAGGUCUCCAGGACAGUGGCUCCCCAGGAUGCUUGAAGAGACCCGUGCCACCUGGUUUCCUUAAGACAGCUGCCCUCUUUUUUUUCCCUAGGAUCGUUCUUCCUUUCAUCUCGUGAACCGUCCGGCUCCGCACCGAUUCCGGUGAUGACUGCUCUCGGUCAGUGACCCAGCCCCUGGACGGGACUCCUUGUCCCACAGGUUGACUCAGAUUUGGUAGCCUUCACACUUGACGGGCUGCAGCCCUGACUUACCCCGCCGUGGCCAGGAGCCUGCGAGCGCUGCCCGGGCAGGCCUGGCUGGCGUGCGAGACAUCUGGCUGCGCCGUAGCUGAGGGCCCUUUGCGUCACCCGUUUGUGUGCAUGUUGCACUGUCCCCGCCACUUCCCUUGCCUCUGGUUUGCUCCUGUUCCUACACAUGAUGUAGAGGGGUUCAGUUGCUGCUUCCACACCACGGCUACUGAAAGCAGCGUGAAUGAGGUUAAUGAAUCUGCACUGACCAGCCCUGUAAAUGAGCCGUGAGCGCCCUGGCAGGCUGCUGCUGGCAGAAUAUACAGUCGUGCCCUUGUUGCUGGGGAAGGGGGGAGCUGGGCGAGGGGAAGCGGGAGCAGGGAUUGUGUCUGGGUCCUGCCAGCUCAGCUGCUGGGGCUUCCUGGGAGCAACCUCCAGGGAGGGCAGCUGCCUCGCGUGAGAAACUACCCAGCCCCACCAGCCCUCGGGAGUGACUUAAAAAGAAGCAUCCAAUUCAGGAUGCAUCAGGUAGAAGGCAGGGAAUGAAACUGCUAUUUCAUAGUGAAAUAUAUAUAUUAUACUGUAUAGAUCUUUCUGCCUUUGUCCAAGUUGGAACGUAGCAGGGGAGGGGAGCUGGGGAUGUAGAGCCAGAGCCCUGCAGAGUCUGGUCCAGAGCCCUUCUCCUCCCCUGCGUGCGCCCUCCCUUGGCACCGGGGCUGGACUCUUGCAGCAGCUUUAGGGAUGAGCUCUGGGCACCGAUCACGCCAGCUUUUCCUGGCUGCAGCAGAGCCCUCCCCCGGGUGCUGGCGGGCAGUCUCCCAGCGGCUCUCCAGCCGUGUCGUGGCCGCAGGACCCCUCGGUGGCCGGGCCGACCAGGGGCUCUCAGCAGUUCAGGUCCAGCCUGUGUGGAGGCCCCGCUGUGCAGCCAGCCAGGCGCCCUUCCUGCGCCUUGGAGCAAGGCUGGGUGAGUGCUCUGCUUUUAAGGAGGGACUCUCUGCAGCUCCCCCAGCCCUGGGUGUGUGUCAGAGGUGUGGGUAUCAUCCUUGUACCCUGCUGGGCUCCCCUGGCGAAUCCUCCGUCCUCGGCUGAGGCUCUUCCCUUGCUCAGCACUGUGUUUCUCCUUCCCCUCUCAUUUUGAAACCAGGACUUGAGCGAUGGAGAGCUAAGCCGCAGCUGGUGCAUCGCCUGGGUGUGCGGGCAGCGCCGGCUCUGGCAGCAGCUUCGGGAUGUGAGACAAUACCAGUCAGUCUUAGAACAGAAAGCAAGCGCGUUAAGGUAUUGCAGCCCGAAUGACCGUACAAAGUCAUGUCAGUGUCUGUAAGCCCUUGGGGUGGGAGUUAACCAAUAAAAGGGUGCAGGAGCUGAGCUUGCUCCGGGUAGUACCGUGCUGGUUCCUGAGAAGGGGAGCUGGGGCUGUGUGCUGCCCCGCAGCUCAGGGGUGGCUCUGGCACAGGAGGCCCCGGUGAGCGCAGCCUCCGCUGCAGCCCGGCCUGCGGGAAGCAGCUUGCUCCAGCCCCAGGGGCUGGCACGUGCUGUGUUUCGGAGCAGCAGGAGGCUCUGCUGCUGGGAGGUGCUGGUCCCUCUUCUGGGGCUCAAAGCAGCCUGGCUCAGCGACUGUUUGACACGGGGUAAAAAGGCGUCUGUCUCCGUGAGGACAGCUGAGGUUGGGGCUGUUGGGAGAGUCCAUCCUUGGAGACCUUCAAGCCCCGAGAAGCCAGGGCUGAGCUCUGUGGGCCUUGCUCUGAGGCUGUUGGAGCAGAGCACACACCCGAGGCUCCCUCCAACCGCUCUGUCGCUGGUUCCCGGUCAGUUUAGACUCACAAGCAGCUCGGUGCUGGGCACGAAGUUGCGGCCGCUGCCCUGCGCGCAGCAGGCAGGCCGGGCGAGGCUCAGGGGGGGCGGUUCUGGGGCUGAUGCUCGCGGCUCCGGCUGAGCUGCCUCCCUUGGGGUGCUGGCUGGGCGAGGAGCUCGGCUGCCCACGGCGCUGGGGUCCCAGCCCGCGGCCGUGCCCCGGGCCUGCGAGCGCGGUGGUGGAGCUGCUCGCAGAAGUUGGGGGCAGGAAAUGCAGCCGAGCUGCUCGUGGCACCUCGGCCUGGGAGCCCAGGGCCACCCUGCGCGUUCCCCCCACCCCAGCCCUGUGGUCGGGGCUGCGGCUGCCACCACCUCACCCAGCCCGGCCUCGCCGGCUCAGGGGGCCCUGGCCCUGCUCCCCCAGGCAUGUCGCUGCCCAGCGGCUCUGCCGGCGGGUGCUGGUGAUGGCGAGGCGCUGGCUGGGAGGCUCUGGCUGUCCCCCCUGCUCCUCUCGCAGCCCAGCUGGCAGGGGAGGUAGCGGCAGGGGCUGCUGCAGCCCCUCCUAGCCACAGCGCUUUCCCAGGGAGACCUGAAGCCCCCUUCUCAUUCAGCCUCAUUUGUGUUACCAUCUUUUGGUUUCUUUUUUUUUUUUUUCUUUUUUCUUUGCUUAUCUACUUUUUACUUAAGCAAGUCUAUUGGUUUAUAUGAAUUUCUUUAGCAACUCAAGCCCCUGGUUUUCCUCAGCACUUGCUUUCUCUGGACCAGAAUGACUCUCUCCUGCUUGCCUGGGACUGAUGUUCCCCCCCCACUUUCUCUCCUGCCCAUUACACAACCCAACUCCACUGCUGCAGCACUUGGGCACAUCCCAAGGGGACCUGCGACUGAUCCGCGUGUCCUCCUGCCACCCUGUCCUCUGAGGCAUCAGCCAAGUCACCCCCUCACAGCCCAUUAUUUAUUGAAGAGCAUUGUGCUGCUAUCAUCGCCUUCUCUCUAAACGUCUUCAAUUAAACCAAA